AUGACCGUAUCUACACUCCCUCUGAAUGACGGAAACCAGGUUCCCUGGAUAGCUUUUGGCACUGGUACUGCCCUCUUUCGCAAGGACGCUGAGGAUGCCAUCCGCCUUGCUCUCGACAAUGGCUUUACGCACCUCGAUGGUGCGCAAGUCUAUGGCAACGAGAACACAUUGGGGAACGGGAUAGUAGCUUCUGGCAAGUCCAGGUCCGAGCUCUUCAUAACGACGAAGCUCGGACAAUUGCAACCUGGUGCAACUCCCAAGAGCGCACUCCAGGAGUCCUUGAGGCAACUCAAAGUGGAUUACGUCGAUUUAUACCUUGUACACCAAGCCAACAACCAUGUCGGGAAGCUGAAGGAGGUCUGGAAAGGGAUGGAAGAGGCUCAGAAGGCGGGCUUAACCAAGUCCAUCGGAGUUUCUAACUUCACUGCUGACCACCUGAAGACUAUAUUGGAAAUCGCUACAAUACCCCCCGCGGUCAACCAGGUGGAGGCUCAUCCAUAUGUAUGGCAAGCAUUGCAGCCGAAUCUUGCCAUCCACGACCAAUACAAAAUCGUUACUUCAUCAUAUGGUGGUUUAUCACCUAUUUUCCGGGGAAAAGGUGGUCCACUAGAUCCUGUGAUUGAGCAAAUCCGCACUCGUUUGGAGAAAACUCGUGGCGCCCCUGUGUCUGAUGGUCAGGUGUUGAACAAAUGGCUUCAACAGAAAGGUGUUCUUGUGGUGACAACCUCGUCGAAAGCCGAACGUAUCAGGGAAUACCUUGACACACAGAAUGUACCGGAGCUUACAGUUGAGGAGAUCGCGCUUAUAGACACUACUGGAGGAAAACUCCACAAAAGAUACUUUCCUGGAAACUGGCCUUCCGAGUAA